UCUCCUGCUGACAGUCUGUCCGACCCAUUGACCGCUGCUGAGAAGAGGCCAUGGUUCGCCUCCACCAAUCUCCCACCGCAUCGUGGAUUGGACCCAAGUCUGUGUCGUUGGCUGUCCUCUUUCCCAUGAUAAACGCCUGUAAUACUCGGCAUGUUUCGCUACUCACCUUGCAGGGUGAGCGCAUAAUCUUGAGUUGCACAAACAGCCGCUUGUUCAUCCAUCCUCAGCCCUCGCCUGACACCCCCCAAAAGACCGUGUCAUAUAUGGUCCAGACAUUGUCGUAGGCUAGGGCGUCCCCCUUUCUCGGCCUUUGCUUUUUCAAUUUCGCUAAGAGUAGUCGGAAGGCUUGGUUUUGGUUGCCAAUACCUCAAUUAGGGCGCAACCUCUAUCGCCAGACGUCUAUCAAUUAUGGCGCGGUUCGCACAGGGACCUCCAGCCCACCUUUGGAUUGCAGUCUUGAUAUCUUUGAGCUAUUCAUGCUUUACCUGGUUUCUUCGAAUUUAUGCAAGAGUUGGCUACUAUGGAAUAGAUGAUAUCGCCAUUACCAUCGCACAUGUCACAGCUCUCGCGCAAUGGGCAUCCUUGAUAGUGGCACUCAACAAUGGCCUUGGUGAGCCGGAGGCGAUAGUCGGACAUGAGCACCUCAAUAGUAUGGCUCGGGCAGUCGUCGCCAGCCAAACAUUUUAUCUCCUCACGAUGGGGUUAACAAACCUAUCCCUGACUCUACUGAUGAGAAGAAUAUUCUCGACCAAUACCAAACACAAGAUCGGAUCCUACAUUUUGCUCGGUGUCAUCUCAGCAUGGCUCGUCCUCGCAGUCGCCGCUGUCAAGUCCAAUUGUCCAUCAACACAUAUACUCGAAGGACAGGAACACACAUGUCCUAAUGACAUAUAUCGGUGGAGAGCCAUCUUUGCAAUCACAAUCUGCAUUGAAGCUGCUGUGAUGGGCUUGCCUAUUUACCUCGUGAGCCAUCUUCGAAUCAAAACCAGCAAGAAAAUGCUUGUUGUCUCAGCCUUUGCGUAUCGAAUGCCUAUGAUCGCCUUGUCUAUACUAUAUAUGAAGGUCUACAGCAAAGCAGUACGCUCCGACGAUCGAUCACACCACUUUUCGAAGGUCAUCGUCUGGCAGCAAGCGUCGAUCUGCUACAGCCUCUUAUCAGCAACCCUACCUUUCGUUCAAGCUUUCAUGCGUAGCUUUACAACAGGCGGCACAGCUUUCGGCAGCAUAAUCUAUGGAUCUCGCAACAGCCGGUCCAACAGCUCCGGUGACACCUCAAGAAGUAGAUCGCGAAAUGAAUCAUUCACUCCGCAGUUUUUGGGCCGUACGAGGACGGUCUGCCGUGGAGCGGGCAAGCAGACCAACAAUGAAGCCCAUCGUGCGUCAGGCGGAUCGCAGGAACUGAUUGUCCGGCGUGAAGUUACUGUAGCCGUCACCCAAAACUGAAGACUUGCUUGAAGGAGUUCUGGGUUUGCGCGCAAGGAUUGUUCGGACAUAUCAACGCCACGUAUUUACGCAUACAUAAUGACAUGUUAAAUAUUCUUACCCCAUUUACAGUCAGUCGCAGCACAGAACGC